ACGCACACGCGAGAGAGAGAGAGAGAGAGAGAGAGAGAGAGAGAGAGAGAGAGAGAGAGAGAGAGAGAGAGGAACCAACAGAGAAAGAGAGAGAGUUCCUUGUCUCUUCAGACUCCUGCUUGGUGAAAGUAUAGACUGUGUGUUGAAGUAUAAAGGCUACCAUGAUGACAUUGCUGCAAAAUGGGGAGAUUGUUGCGCACGAUGGCCGAUAUGACCUGCCGUUUUUAUUCUGCAUGUUUGGGAGACAUGGGCCCGCCGUGGCCCUUCUCAUAGCCCUGCUUCUGUUCAUGAUGGGAUUAUUCAGCGUUUCCCAGAAGGUGCUGGCCCUCAUCAGAUACUUAAGGAGAAAAGCGCAUCGUAAACAGGUGAAAAAGGAUGCAGUCGUGGAGAAAACAGAAUUACCCAAGAGUGCCACGCAGGUCCCACGGGUGUUUUACCCUGUUUGGGACACUGGGCCGGAGAAGAGGGCUGGUUAUAUUCCUAACAGCAGCAUUGAAGUCUUCAGCCAAAAAACACACAAUGAAGAUGCUAGGGACCACAGCACUGUGGCCUCACUUGGUUUGGUCGAGUGCCAGACUGAUUCCUCUGACGUUCAUAGUGCUGUCGCAUCUGCCAGGGAAAUAUAUACACUCCAUCAACAACCACAGGUCAAUGAGAUUCACAUCACAGACAAUAGUAGCUUGGACAGGGAUCCAAAUGAGGGACCAACUGUGGAACUUACAACAGGACUGUUUGUGGGGAACGUGGAAGAAGUGUGUUUGGACAAUGGUGAGGCCCAAGAUGAGGAGAUGGGGGAAGGUUGUGAAAAGAGGGAGAUAUAUAGGGGGUUGGCUAUGGACAACUUUGAGCAUAACAAAUGUCCUCCAUGGACAGACCUUUCUGUUCUGUCAUGUUUUCAGAAUCAAAGUCCCCCUGAGCAGAACCCAUCUCAAGAACAUGAUCAAGACUGUUUAAUCACAUCAGAUAUAACCAGUCUAUCUCGGGAGGUACCAGAGGGUCCUGAAGAUUAUCUCUACAGAAACCAGAACAUUGUAUCUGCAGAUGUUGUCGUAUGCAAAACGGAUUCCUCUGAUGUUUAUAGUACUGUAGCUUCUGCCAUGGAUACAGAUACAUUCCAUCAACCACCCAAGAUAAAUGAUGAGAUUCACAUCACAGACAAUGCUAAGUUUGAUGAGGAACCAGAUGAGGAAUCAACGGUGGAACGUACAACUCGAUUGCCUGAGGGGGAUGUGGGAAAACAACGUUUUGGCAAUGUUGAGAUCCAAGCUGAAGAAAUGGGAGACGGUGAGAAGAAGAUGGAGCUGGAUACGGCGACCAUGGAAAACCUUUCUGGGCCAGUGUGUGUCGAGAGCCAAAGUCCCCCUGUGACGCUGGCCCAUACAGAACCUGAUAACAAAUGUUUCAUCACUAAAGAGGCUGCAAAUCCAGACACCAACACCCUACCCCACCAACACCAUACUGCUGAGGUAACAGUUAUAAAAACGAAUGAAGAUGAUUCCAUCAAUGUCCACAACACUGUAGAGUCUGCUGAUGUCGUUGGGAAUAAAACAGAUUCCUCUGAUGUCAGUAGUACUCUGGCAGUUGCCAUGGAUACAGAUUCACCUCCCUUGUUCAGUGGUGAUCUACCACAGACUGUCGGCCAAAGAGAAGUAGUUGUGUCUGCAUCUGACAACAGCGGGCCAGGCCUGGGUUUAGUAGACAGCUGGGACCCAUCCAUAAGCAGCAUAGGAGAGGGGACUGCUACUCAAAGCCUGCCUGGAAGCCCUGUGCCCCCUGGUCUAUCUCAGGAGGAUUCUGGUCCUGCAGAAUCCAACGUGAUUCCUGGUUCUGAUUCGGUCCACCAACUUUUAAACACAACAGAAACUCAGAACCAGCUCGGUGACAUUUCUGAAGCUAUCAGAUAUGGAACUGGGAUUUACACAAGUGAUAUUGCACCAGUUAAACAGCAACCCUCAAUCAGAGAUGAGAUUCACAUCACUAACAAUAUUAACGUUGAUUCAGAACCACAUGAGGAUCCAACUGUGGAGCUUCAAACUGGAUUGGCUGUGGGGAAUGUGGAAGACGUGUGUUUGGACGACGUUGAGACCAAGGCUGAGGAGAUGGGGGAAGGUUUUAAGAAGAGGGAGAUAGAUAGGGGGUUGACUAUGGAAAACAUUGAGCAUAACCAAGGUCCCCCUGAGCAGCACCUAUCUAAAGAACAUUAUCAAGACAGUUCCAUUGAUUCAGACAUAGCCAGUCCUUCUGAGGAUGUACCAGAGGUUCUUGAAAACAAUGCUAUUAUGGACCAGAAUACUGUAGAGUCUGCUGAUGUUGUCGUAUGCAGAACUGAUUCCUCUGAUGGUAAUAGUACUGUAGCUUCUGCAGUUGAUACGGACACACUCCAGCAACAACCCAAGAUAAAUGAGGAGAUUCCAAUUACAGAAACGUCCAUGUUUGAUGAGGAGCCAACCGUGAAACGUAGAACUGGAUUGUCUGAGGGGCAUGUGGAAAAACUGUGUUUGGACAACGUUGAGACCCAAGCUGAGGAGAUGCGAAAGUGUGGGAUGAAGAUGGAGCUGGAUACGGCAGAGACCAUUGAAAAUCUUUCUGGGCCGGUAUGUAUCGAGAGCCAAAGUCCUCCUGAGACACUGGCCCCUACAGAACCUUAUGACGAAUGUUUCAACACUAAAGAUGAAGAACAUCCAGACACCAACACUCAUACUGCUGAGGUAACAAAUAAAACACAUAAUGAAGAUGAUUCCAUCAAUUUCCACAACACUGUAGAAUCUGCUGAUGUCGUUGAGUAUAAAACCGAUUUGUCUGAUGUCGGUAGUACUCUAGCAGUUGCCAUGGAUACAGAUUCACCUCCCUUGUUCAGUGGGGAUCUACCACAGAAUGUCGGCCAAAGAGAAGAAGUUGUGUCUGCAUCUGACAACAGCGGGCCAGGACUGGGUUUAGAAGACAGCAGGGAACCAUCCAUAAGCAGCAUUGGAGAGGGGUCUGCUACUCAAAGCCUGCCUGGAUGCCCUGUGCCCCCUGGUCUAUUUCAGGAGGAUUCUGGUCCUGCAGAAUCCAAAGUGAUUCCUGGUUCUGAUUCGGUCCACCAACUUUUAAAGACAACCGAAACUCAGAACCAGCUCGGUGACAUUUCUAAGGCUAUCGGAUAUGGAACUGGGAUUUACGCAAGUGAUACUGCACAAGUUAAACAGCAACCCUCAAUCAGAGAUGAGAUUCACAUCACUAACAAUAUUAACGUUGAUUCAGAACCACAUGAGGAUCCAACUGUGGAACUUCAAACUGGAUUGGCUGUGGGGAAUGUGGAAGACGUGUGUUUGGACGACGUUGAGACCCAGGCUGGGGAGAUGGCGGAAGGUUUUAAGAAGAGGGAGAUAGAUAGGGGGCUGACUAUGGAAAAUAUUGAGCAUAACCAAGGUCCCCCUGAGCAGCACCUAUCUAAAGAACAUUAUCGAGACAGUUUUAUUGAUUCAGACAUAGCCAGUCCUUCUGAGGAUGUACCAGAGGUUCUUGAAAACGAUGCCAUUAUGGACCAGAAUACUGUAGAGUCUGCUGAUGUUGUCGUAUGCAGAACUGAUUCCUCUGAUGGUAAUAGUACUGUAGGUUCUGCAGUUGAUACGGACACACACCAGCAACAACCCAAGAUAAAUGAGGAGAUUCCCAUUACAGAAACGACCAUGUUUGAUGAGGAGCCAACCGUGAAACGUAGAACUGGAUUGUCUGAGGGGCAUGUGGAAAAACUGUGUUUGGACAACGUUGAGAGCCAAGCUGAGGAGAUGCGAAAGUGGGGGAUGAAGAUGGAGCUGGAUACGGCAGAAACUAUUGAAAAUCUUUCUGGGCCGGUAUGUAUCGAGAGCCAAAGUCCUCCGGAGACACUGGCCCCUACAGAACCUUAUGACGAAUGUUUCAUCACUAAAGAUGAAGAACAUCCAGACACCAACACUCAUACUGCUGAGGUAACAAAUAAAACACAUAAUGAAGAUGAUUCCAUCAAUGUCCACAACACUGUAGAAUCUGCUGAUGUCGUUGAGUAUAAAACCGAUUUGUCUGAUGUCGGUAGUACUCUAGUAGUUGCCAUGGAUACAGAUUCACCUCCCUUGUUCAGUGGUCAUCUACCACAGACUGUCGACCAAGUUGUGUCUACAUCUGACAACAGCAGGCCAGGCCGGGGUUUUGAAGACAGCAGGGAUUCAUCAAUAAGCACCACCAGUGAUGGGUCUGCUACUCAAAGCCUGCCUGGAUGCCCUGUGCCCCCUGGUCCAUCUCAGGAGGAUUCUGGUCCUGGAGAAUCCAACGUGAUUCCUGGUUCUGAUUCGGUCAACCAACUUUUCAACACAACAGAAACUCAGAAGAGCGAGCUCGGUGAAAAUUCUGAAGCUAGCAGAUAUGGAACUGUGAUUGACACAAGUGAUUCUGCACCAGCUAACCAGCAAAUCCCAACCAGAGAGGAGGUUCAAAUCACCGACAAUAUUAACGUUGAUGAGGAACAACAUGAGAAUCCAAUUGUGGAACUUAAAACUGGAUUGUCUGCGGGGAACAUGGAAGAUGUGUGUUUGGACAACAUUGAGACCCAGGCUGAGGAGAUGGGGGAAGGUUGUAAAAAGAGGGAGAUAGAUAGGGGGGUGACUGUGGAAAACAUUGAGCAUAACCAAAGUCUUCCAUUGACAGACCUUUCUGUUCUGUCAGGGUCCAAGAAUCAAGUUCCCCCUAAGCAGCACCCAUCUAAAGAACAUGAUCAAGACAGUUUCAACAUUGAUUUGGAUGUAACUAGUCCUUCUGAGGAGGUACCAGAGAUUCCCCAAGAUGAUGUCUGCAGGGAACAGAACACUGUAGAGUCUGCUGAUGUUGUCAUGUGCAAAACUGAUACCUCUGAUUUGUAUUUUACUGUAGCUUCUGCCAUGGAUACAGAUACAAUCCACCAACAACCCAAGAUAAAUGAGGAGGUUCACCUUACAGAUAAUACUAUGUUUGAUGAGGAACCAGAUGAGGAAUCAACUGUGAAACGUACAACUGGAUUGUCUGAGGGAAAUUUGGAGGAACGCGGUUUGGACAACGUUGAGACCCAAGCUGAGGAGAUGGGAGAGUGUGGGAAGAAGAUUGAUUAAGCAAUGAAUCCCAAUAUAAGGUCACAAUUCUAUCAAAUUGCCUUCACCUACAUGCCGACCAUGCCACCUAGAAUCGCUUUGAACAAAUUUGCAACAAAGCAGAAACCAAUCCAAACCUUUUUUGUAAGCAUCAUUGUUUUUUGGCCUAAAUCAACCAAGUGCUAUAAGGAAACACAUGUCCCAAUGUCUGGGAGACCUCUCAAACUCCUUCUAGAAGUGAAUAAUGGAAGAUGGAACACUCAAGUGUUCUUGUCUCCCGACAGUGUGUGUGUGAGGGGCGGGAGGAAUCCAAUUCCUGCCCCGCUAGCACACAUCGGAAACACCACUGUCACGGGUGAGGCACGAGGUUGGGGACUUGAACCCAUAACCCUGGCUGGGGUUAACACCUUUCAAUUUGGGCACACCAUUCUACAAAAGGGUGCAUUUAUGCGCAGUAGAGGGCAUUCUGUUCCUCUCUCUGCUCUCAAACAUCAGUUAAUAUAUUACUAAACUAUUUUUUCAGUACAACUUCUCUCCAGGUUCUAAGUCAGUAGAUGAGUUAAAAGCACUUUUAAGUACAAAGCUCCGGUUACAUCUCAGAGCUUUGCUUUGAGUGCAGGGUGCUAAUGCUAACAUGCUAACGUGAUGUGAAGUGAGCUCACUUUGGAAGGUUAGAGGUAAGCCCUAAUAUAGAUCCAGGGCUUACAGAUGACACCACUGUCAGUCACAGUCACAGUCACACACACACACACACACACACACACACACACACACACACACACACACGCCCACACGCCCACACGCCCACAUGCUUCCUGUUCAGGCAUGGAACUCUUAGACACGCUGACUGAUAAUCCCAACAGGGGCUCACGUUGGAUCGCUGUGAAGACAUGAGCGCCAAGCAGUGAUUUGACCUCUGGCGUAGCCUUCCAACAGGGAAAGCCACCACAAAGUGAUCUAAUUGGACAAUAUAUAGGAUUGUCACUCUAAAUGACCCAAUCAGCUUCUAGCAGGGCAAACUUAAGUCUCAUCAAUAAUUGUUUAGGAUGUUUUCAUUUGUUUUCAUUUUUGCUCACUUGCCUUGCUUGUAUAUUGUGAUGUAUCAUCCAUCUGCUAAUCUCAAAAGUUAGAUGGAUAUAACAAACCACUGGGAGAAGAGAAGACACACACACACACACACACACAACCCCAGAAGCGAUCAUUCAUGGAUGUCCCAGUGUUUUAGAAAUGUGUCUAACAUGUUGACAUGUUGCCAUGGGUCUCAGCAGGUAGAGUGUAUGUGACGUUUAUGUUAAUGUAUGUGAUCCGAGGUACGGCAGCCAGACCGGCCUGUAAGCAGCCAGACUAUUUAUAAAGCCUGCCUCUCCCCAUUCUUCAUGGUGUGACCUUCACUGUCAGUGCACAUGCCUGUAAGAUGAGAAGCAUGCACAGUUUAAAAUAGAGACCUACAGGAGCUGACAGUGUUAUUUAUGUAUUUUAGAUACUGAUUAGUAUUAUUUAUAUUGGAUGACUCAGUUCAACUCAGAUUCUCCAGAAUCUGUAAUCGUCGUUUAUUUUUGUAUUUGGGCAACAUUGUUUUGUUUGUCAACUGAAUUUGUAAUAAAGAACAAUGUAUAUGUAUUAUUUAUAAGAAUGAAUUUGAUGUGUGUGCAAUUAUAGCUAUGAGAAACCAAAGAACAGUUGAAGUUAAUGAUU